AUGAGUUCUGCAUACCUCAUCUCUCUACGCCCCUGCAUAUCCCAUCCCUCUACGCCCCUCCAUAUCCCAUCCCUCUACGCCCCUCCAUAUCCCAUCCCUCUACGCCCCUCCAUGUCUCAUCCCUUUACGCCCUCCAUGUAUCAUCCCUCUACGCUCCUCCAUAUCCCAUCCCUCUACGCUCCUCCAUAUCCCAGUCCUCUACGCUCCUCCAUAUCCCAUCCCUCUACGCUCCUCCAUAUCCCAUCCCUCUACGCCCCUCCAUAUCUUAUCCCUCUACGUCCCUCAAUAUCUUAUCCCUCUACGCAUCUCCAUAUCCCAUCACUCUACACCCCUCCAUAUCCCAUCCCUCUACGCCCCUCCAUGUCUCAUCCCUUUACGCCCCUCCAGUUUCAUCCCUAUACGCUCCUCCAUAUCCCAUCCAUCUACGCUCCUCCAUAUCCCAUCCCUCUACGCUCCUCCAUAUCUUAUCCCUCUACGCCGCUCCAUAUCUUAUCCCUCUACGCAUCUCCAUAUCUCAUCCCUCUACGCUCCUCCAUAUCCCAUCCCUCUACGCCCCUCCAUAUCUUAUCCCUCUACGCCCCUCCAUAUCUUAUCACUCUACACCCCUCCAUAUCCCAUCCCUCUACGCCCCUCCAUGUCUCAUCCCUUUACUCCCCUCCAUGUAUCAUCCCUCUACGCUCCUCCAUAUCCCAUCCCUCUACGCUCCUCCAUAUCCCAUCCCUCUACGCCGCUCCAUAUCCCAUCCCUCUACGCUCCUCAAUAUCCCAUCCCUCUACGCCCCUCCAUAUCUUAUCCCUCUACGCCCCUCCAUAUCUUAUCCCUCUACACCCCUCCAUAUCCCAUCCCUCUACGCCCCUCCAUGUCUCAUCCCUUUACGCCCCUCCAUGUUUCAUCCCUCUACGCUCCUCCAUAUCCCAUCCCUCUACGCUCCUCCAUAUCCCAUCCCUCUACGCUCCUCCAUAUCCCAUCCCUCUACGCUCCUCCAUAUCCCAUCCCUCUACGCCCCUCCAUAUCUUAUCCCUCUACGCCGCUCCAUAUCUUAUCCCUCUACGCCGCUCCAUAUCUUAUCCCUCUACGCAUCUCCAUAUCUCAUCCCUCUACGCUCCUCCAUGUCCCAUCCCUCUACGCCCCUCCAUAUCUUAUCCCUCUACGCCCCUCCAUAUCUUAUCACUCUACACCCCUCCAUAUCCCAUCCCUCUACACCCCUCCAUGUCUCAUCCCUUUACGCCCCUCCAUGUCUCAUCCCUCUACGCUCCUCCAUAUCCCAUCCCUCUACGCCCCUCCAUAUCUUAUCCCUCUACGCCGCUCCAUAUCUUAUCCCUCUACACCGCUCCAUAUCUUAUCCCUCUACGAAUCUCCAUAUAUCAUCCCUUUACGCUCUACUCCCCUCCACAUCCCAUCCCUCCCUCUACGCCCCUCCAUAUCUUAUUCCUCUACACAACCCACCCCCUCUCAAUAUAUCAUCCAUCCACAGCCCGGUUUCCUUUCAUUGUUAUAUAUUCAGCAUAA